UAGAAUUUAUUUCACGACAACCCCUCACACAUCAUCUUUCGCAACGAGUUAGAUCAAGGAGUAAUUGAAAAUAUGGCACAGGUUCCUGUGCAGACGAUCCAUAGGGAUCCUCAAUUAUUGUGAGCAUACUGCUGUUAUUCAUGAUGGAUUGAGCUGAUGGAUAGUAGCUACUGGAUCUUGAUACCAAUUACUAUUGUUAUGGUAAGCGUCUACUUGUCUUUUACUAUUGGUAAUGCUAAUUCAGCAUUAAGAUUUUGACUGGUAUUCUUCGUCACUAUGCUGCCGUUCUCAUGGCCACCACUCCCAAGAAGCAAGAGCUUCCAGCCAUUCGCGAACAGCGAUCUCUACUUCGAGGCAUCAACCUCCGCAACAACGCCCAUGUUCUCACUCCCGCCGCUUUCCAACCCCGUAAAGAUUACCUCGUUCAAGCAUUUGAAGAAGGAAAGUUCUUGAAGGAGCCAGAGAAGAAGGGACAAGCAGCUCCAAAUCCUAUGACAGAUCCCGCGGCUAUGGAGGGAAUGAUGGGUAUGAUGAAGGGAAAUAUGUCCAUGAUGAUUCCACAGACUUUAAUUAUGGGCUGGAUUAAUGCAUUUUUCAGUGGAUUUGUUAUUAGUGAGUUCCCUGGAAGUAGUACAAGACUGGAUAUACUAAUGUAGAACGUAUAGUCAAACUACCAUUUCCCUUGACGAUCAAGUUCAAGAGUAUGUUACAAGCUGGAGUAGCCACCAGAGAUAUGGACCCACAAUGGAUGUCUUCCAUUUCGUGGUACGUUCUUUGUAUCUUUGGAUUACAAUCUGUAUUCAAUUAUCUAUUGGGAAGCGAUAAUGGUAUGUUAUUCCUUUAACCCUGAGAAGGCAAGACGAUGCUAAGUAAACAUAGCUGCCAGUCAAAUGGCUCAACAAAUGGGUCAAAUGGGCCCAGGAGCAGGCGCACAAAUGUUUGGACCAGGUGUAGACCCUGACAAGCAAUUCCAAGGGGAGGCUGAGAAUUUAUCUGUAUUGGCCCACAAGAGCACAUUAGAGGGUGUAGAGCAGAGAUUAUUGGAAAGUGUUAGGGUAUAGAUCAGAUAAUUGGAUUAGAAUUUCUGAUUACUAGAAGUGCUUCUGUUGAAGUCAACGGUGCUUGAUCAUAUACAAUGUAUACAUGCUCAAUAAGAUACCCUUAAGCCGUUCAUAGUUGCUGAUAGAGUUGGUAUAAGCAGCUUUCGCCUGUUAAAGUUAUUCAUGCUUAUGAUCAAUGGACAAUUAUACAAACAUAUCUUCAAA